AUUAUCCGAUUUUCGAGGUAGCCAUAUUACGUCGAGACAUUUCCAUUGCGUAGCGAGAAAUACAUCUCAACACAAGUUUACCAUUGUCUAGCUGUUUAACUUUGUAUAUUUUUUUUUUUUUUUUUUUUGUAUAUUUGCGUCAAUAUUGAUCACAUGAAAUUAGUAAAUAACAUAGUAAAUUUACAAAUUGUAACGUGUAAUAAUAGAUCUUGAAUAGAGUUAAUGGGUGAGGUGGACGGGUUUCGGUUUUUUUUACAUCAUACAUUACCGGCAGAAGAUUUAUAGUAUUCAAGAAAUAUUUGUCUUCCUUUAAGUUAUAACAAUCUAACAAUUUAUAUAAGAAGCUUUUAAAUUUAUCCGCGUCUAUAAAACGUAAUACACCGUUUGAAUAGCCUAAUUUUUAGAAUGUUUUGUAUACGAUCGAGUCAACCCUUUCUAUCAGUAGUUACAACUCAAGAACAAAGAAACCUUAACAAGUUCUGGAUGUCUAAAUAUGCCAGGCUGUGCAGCAGUUGGCUGCAACAAUCGUAGUGAGAAAGGUUAUAUUAUGAAAUGUUUUCCACGUGAUCCAAAAUACAGAAAAAUUUGGCAAGAGCGUGUUGCUAGAGCUGAUUGGGAACCAUCAAAUAACUCAUUUCUUUGUCACGUACACUUUGAACCUCAAGAAUGGUCUAUAACACAAAGUGGAAGAAUUAGACUGAAGAAGAACGCAAUUCCUUCUAUAUUUACUGUGACAUCUACUAGAAAAUCACCUAAAAAAAGAACUAAGAUAUUUAAUAAAAAAGGUGAAAACUUACUGCAAGGUGAAUAUAACAUAGAAUAUACAGAAAAUGAUACAGAGCAUUCAUCUAUUGAACAUUUAGAAGAGAAAGAUUUGGAUUUUCAGGAGAUUGGGGAACUAUCUAUACAACAAACUACUGGAGAUUAUCUUAAACAUACCCAUAAAUAUACAGAAGAUAAGAUAGAAAAAAACAUUAAGGUUAAUCAUCAAAGGCAAAAUAUUGUGAUGAUUGCUGAGGAUAACCUCACUGAUAUUAAUAGUUUAGUGGAGCAAUAUAGUCUUGAAGUUCAACCGAACAAUAAUAAAAAGGAAAUUAAAUUAUCUUUAUUUAUGAACAAUUCAGAAACUACACGACUAUCAAAUACUACUAUAAAGGAAGAAACUAAAUUAGAGGUUAUGGAUCGUAACACACUUGAAGAUAGUUAUGAUGAAAUUGAGGAGAAGUUAAAACAAAUUUGUGAUGGUGGAUCUACUGAAGAUGAAAAUUAUAAAAAUGAGAUUGAGAAGAAGUUGAUGGUUAAGAGUCAAAAGGAAGGUGAAAUUGAAGAAAAAAUGGAUACAAAAGUUGAAUUUACUACUGAUGAUCAUACAGUUGAAUUUACUACUGAUAAUCAUAAAGUUGAAUUCACUGCUGAUAAUCAUAAAGUUGAAUUUACUACUAAUGACUAUAAAGUUACUUCGCCUGUUAAUAAAAAUCAUUUAUCAAUGAAAAGCGAAGUCGGACAUAUGCUUACAAACAAAGAAGAAAAUGUUGAAAUAAUAUUUGGUACUGAAAGUGGGGAUGAAAAAACAUCUGUAUCACAAACUGUAUCAAAAAUGAAUAAAGUGAAUAACAGUGCAUUGGAACAUGAUGAAAUAAUUUAUAUUAAAGAUGAAAAGAAGGUUUUCAAUGAAGACAUAGAAGAAAAUUUUACUAAAGAUGAAGUUCAUGUUAUACCAAAUAUAAGAGCAGCUAUGAAGCGUAAGAGAAGAACUAGAGAAGAAAUAAUGAGAUCAAUAAAGAAGUCAUUUAGAAGCAAUUCAGAUCAAGAUAUUGAUUCUUCAAGUAAUAGUGACUCAUCUGAAAUAGAAAUAAAAGAUGAAUUACCUUUGUUUUCUCAGCAUACAAAUGAUAUUAAUAAAAAUGAUGUAGAAAUAGAAACUGACAAAUUUGUUAUCAAAGUAACUGGUGACCCUGAUGAUGUGACUGAAAUUAUUGAAGAGUUAUCAUUUAACAUAACAGGAACACAAAUAUCUAAAGAAUUCAGUACUGCUUCCAAAAUUGAGGAAAAUGAUUCACUCAUUACAUCUAUUAUAACAGUAGAAACACCAAAAGAUGUUAAAGGUAUUAUUUAUGGAGAAUUUAAUAAUCCAAUGAUAAAGAAUGAAUAUGUACCUUUAAGUAAAGAAAUUUCACUAAUGAAUCAAUUUCCUUAUGAAGACAGAGAGUUUACAAGUUUCAAUUCAACUCAUAGUUCUAAAACAUACUAUCCUUCUUGUAUCAAACAUACAUGUUCUGAUGACGAAGAAAGGAUAAGAACUAAUUCACUAUUACAAAAUUGUACACAAGGUGUUCAAACUUCCUUGGAAAAUAAUCCUAGUUGUGUUUCCUCAGAUUAUGAAGAUCUGUUAGAAAGAAUACAAAUUCAAGAGGAUGUAAUUGCAAAGUUAACUGACCAGUUAAUUAUUUAUAAAGAAUUUGAAAACAGUAUAAAAACCACAGGACAUGAAAUGCAAGUCAAAGAAGUGGAAACAUCUAGAAUUAAUACAAGAUCAAGUAACAUACAAUCUACAAUACUUAAUAAAAAAAAUUUAGAAUCCAAACGAAGAUUGAUAAAAGACUUAUCAAACAGAGUAAACUAUUUUGAAGAAAUGAAUAAAAAAUUAACAAAAACUGUAACAUUGGCAUCUCAGCAAAAAAGAAAGCUUGAAGGGCAAAUUAAACAAAAGGAUAAUCAAAUAAAGGAACUUAACUGGAAGUUGGAAAAAGCAUCUAAAUAUCUUGAAAGAGCAGAAAAAAACACGAACACUUACAAAAGGAAAAUGUUAAAUAUGCAAACUGUUAUGAGAAGAAGAAAGCUUUUGGAUGAAAAAAUGUGCAAAUUUAAUGAAAUGUUACUAGACAGCUCUAAACAAGAAUUUUCAGAAAAGGUUUUAUCCAUGGCAACAGAGAUUUGGGAACUUUAUGGGAAAAAUGAAUAUGAUAAGCUGCUUUCUUAUGGGUUUCCAUUACCACCAUUACCAGCUUUAACGGAAGAACUUCUUACUGAAGAUUUUACAGAUCUUAACAGAAGUGAUAUGGACGAGGCACAAAAUUCUACGAAGAUAAGUAUUAAAGCAGAAAAAGCUCAUGAUACAAAUAAUGAAUCUGAAAUAGAUGAAAAGAACACAGAACAUGUAGCUUCAGUUAGCAAAGCAACUGAAUAUGAAAGUGCUGAAACUGUGACAGGAACUGUGCAAGACAUUUUUGAUGAAAAUAAUGAUGGUGAUGAUUUUAGUACAAAUGAAUUGAGAGAACAUUUUAUUUUGCAAUUAAAUGCAGUUAUGUAGCCAUAAUUUUGUAUUUUAACCCUUUCGCUACGAGUGUCGCCUAUAGGCGACAUCCGCGUGACGACCUAUCUGUACGAGCGUCGCCUAUAGACGACGUCCGCGCAAUGACAUAUGCACGCUUUCCGUCGAAGUGCUCCGUUCAGUACCGCUAUUCCGGCGGUACGGUAGCCCAUACAGCAGUAUCACUCCGACGGAGCACACUGCCGUAGCGAAAGGGUUAAUUAUAUCUUUCUUUUUACAUCUUAAGAACUGUAAUAUUAAAAUCAUGAAUACUUAGGUCAAAUCUCUUCUGUCAUUGUACUAUAUGUACCAUUGUGCUCUUAAGAAUUAUAUUUAUUGUAUAGUAUAAUUCAGUGUUCUUACUUCAAAUGUAAAUAUAUAUGUACAAAUAUUAUUAUAUGUGUAAUAUAAAAGACCAUUUUAAGUGAUUGAUUACAGUAUUAAAUCAUUGCUUAUAAAUAAUCUUCUGCAUAAUGGUCUAUCGGUCUAUCUUAGAGAUAUACAAUACUUCAUGCUUCUUAUUGACAAGAUUUAUAUUUUAGUAGUAAAAUAAGAAAAACAGAUCUGCUACAAAUUUGUUUCUGAUUUCCUAAAUUUAUUGGUAAUAAUACUCCAAUAUUCGUGCAUCAAUAAAAUGUUAAAAGUAUAUGAAUUCAAUUAUGUUAUUUGAAAAAGAGAAGGUGCAGGGUAAUUAAACAGUAAUUAAAAUCUUUUAAUUACUAAAAUCUACACAAGAUGUAAGAAAGAUAAUAGUAUAAUAAUACUUCUGCAUAUUCAAAUUUUAUGCUAUCUAAUUACUUCAUCGCUGAAGAUAUUUAUGCUACAUAUGACAUAGGGAAUAUAUAAGUAGUAUGUUAAAAAUAUGAUUAUAAAUUUUGAGAAAUUAUAUAGGGUGAUUCUCUCGCUGGUUAAUUCAUAGGCAAUGUCGCGUGCCGCGACGAUAAUGUCAUGCAACUGCAAUAACUAGGAAAGUGAUCACCCUGUAUUUGUCUCAUUUGAAUAAUAUAAAGUAGAAGACAAUAUAACAAUAGUAAAUACACUUGAUUAUACGUAUGUGUAUAUAUAUUCUUUUUUCUUUUAACACAAUUUUUAUUAGAAUAAUUACAAUCCAGUGGCAGACUUGUUAUUAUUAACUUUCUUUUUUUCCUUUGAUUUUCCAUCCUUGGAUCCAAGUAUUUUAUCACAUUCGCACCAAGGUGUAAUCAUUUUAUCACACAUUAGAGAAAUAUUAAGGACUGUUAAUGGAGUAUCUUCAAUAGUCAUUGUAAUCAUACCUAAUAUUUUAUAAGAAACGUUAUUUAAGCCAGUUUGACGAUCUCGUUUUCUAGUAACUUCCCGUUGAUUAUAACAUUUUAUCAUAUCUCGCUUCCUAUGGUUUCUGUCAUGUAUAUGUCUACAAUAAAUAAAUGUAACACAAUCACUAA